AUGAAGCAUUGGAAAUUUUUGUUUGUUUCUCUGAUCAACACCACCCUCGCGCCCCUCUUCUUCGCAGACCAGUUCCUGCAGAUCUCCACCUCCUUGCCCUCCCGGUUCAUUUCUGGGCUGGGGGAGCACCUGACGCCGCUGGUCCUUGACACGGCAUGGACCAGGGUCACCCUCUGGAACAGGGACAUGGCACCCGUGCCCCAGGUCAACCUCUACGUUUCCCACCCUUUCUACCUGGUGAUGGAGGACAGUGGGUCAGCUCACGGCGUCUUUCUGUUGAACAGCAACGCGAUGGAUGUGCUCCUGCAGCCCAGCCCGGCCCUGACCUGGCGCACAACGGGCGGGAUCCUGGACUUCUACAUCUUCCUGGGCCCCGACCCCAAGAGCGUGGUGCGGCAGUACCUGGAUGUCAUCGGGUUCCCCUUCAUGCCCCCGUACUGGGGCCUGGGCUUCCACCUCUGCCGCUGGGGAUACUCCUCCACCGACAUCACCCGGCAGGUGGUGGCCAACAUGACAGCAGCCCGCUUCCCCCUGGAUGUGCAGUGGAAUGACCUGGAUUAUGCAGAUGCCAAGAGGGAUUUCACCUUCAACAAGAAAACCUUUAAGGACUACCCAGAAAUGGUGCAGGACUUCCACCGCCUCGGGCUGAGGUACAUCCUGAUUGUGGAUCCUGGGAUCAGCAGCUCGGGGCCUCCUGGCACCUACAAGCCCUAUGAUGAGGGACUGAAGAGAGGGGUGUUCAUCCAAAAUGCCACAGGGCAGCCCCUGGUCGGGAAGGUGUGGCCAGGCCCAACAGUUUUCCCAGACUUCACCAACCCAGAGACUCAUGAGUGGUGGCAUGACAUGGUGAAGGACUUCCAUGACCAAGUGCCCUUCGAUGGCAUGUGGAUUGACAUGAAUGAGCCAUCAAACUUUGUGGAGGGCUCCCAGGACGGCUGCCCCACCAACAACCUGGAGCAGCCCCCCUACGUGCCAGGUGUUUUUGGGGGACGCCUCCAAGCUGGGACCAUCUGUGCCUCCAGCCAGCAGUUCCUGUCCUCCCACUACAACCUGCACAACCUGUAUGGGCUGACUGAGGCCAUCGCCUCCCACAACGCCCUGCUGAGGAUCCGGGGCAAGCGUCCCUUUGUCAUCUCACGCUCCACAUUCUCUGGGCACGGGCGCUACGCGGGGCACUGGACAGGGGAUGUGGGCAGCGACUGGGAGCAGCUGUAUCACUCUGUGCCAGGUAGGCUGCAGGGUCCUGUGGUCCAUCCCUACUUCCCCCCGCCACAGGAGCCGUACGCCUUCAGCCCAGCUGCCCAGGCCGCCAUGAGGGACGCCCUCCGCCUCCGCUACUCCCUCCUGCCCUUCCUCUACACCCUCUUCCACCGGGCUCACUCUGCUGGGGAGACAGUGGCCCGGCCUCUCUUCCUUGAGUUCCCCAAGGACCCCAACACCUGGACCGUGGACCGCCAGCUCCUGUGGGGUGGGGGGCUGCUCAUCACUCCUGUGCUGGAGGCAGGAAAGACCAAAGUCAUGGGCUACUUCCCAGCAGGGACGUGGUACAGCCUCAUGGGGGACUCCACCAUCCACAGCAAAGGGCAGUGGAUCCUCUUGCCAGCUCCCCUGGACACCAUUAACGUCCAUGUCCGUGCUGGGCACAUUUUGCCCCUGCAGGAGCCUGCGUUCAGCACUGUCGAGUCCCGCAAGAAGGGCAUGGCCUUGGUGGUGGCACUGACACCUGAUGGCUUCGCCAGGGGAGACCUGUUCUGGGAUGAUGGGGAGAGCUGGCAGACCUUUGAGAAGGGGGACUACACUGAGCUCCUCUUCCUGGCCACACCGGGCGCCGUGCUCAGCCAGCUCCUGCGGGCGAGCGCCCACCUCGACGGGGUCCUGCUGGAGGCUGUGACUGUGCUGGGUGUCACCAGCCCUCCUCAGCAAGUCAUGGCCAACGGUGCCAUUGUGGGUGACUUCUCUUACCGCAGCGACACCCAGGUGCUGAGAGUUCCCCUGUCACUGCCAAUGUGGGAGCAGUUUGUGAUCACUUGGUCUUGA